AUGGAAAAGAGAAAAAAUACAUACAUUUUUCCCACCAUCAGUGCAAGUGACUACUCACCCCUUUUAAAGCAUCAGAGAAUCCACACAGGGGAAAGGCCCUAUGAAUGCAGUGAGUGUGGGAAAACCUUCAAUGGACGCUCAAACCUUGUUAGUCAUCAGAGAAUCCACACAGGGGAAAGGCCCUAUGCAUGCAGUGAGUGUGGAAAAAAGUUCACUCACAGAUCAGGCCUUUUUCAACAUCAGAGAAUCCACACAGGGGAGAGGCCCUAUGAAUGCAGUGAGUGUGGGAAAACUUUCAGUCAAUGCACAAACUUUGUUAGUCAUCAGAGAACGCACACAAGAGAGAGGCCCUAUGAAUGCAGUGAGUGUGGGAAAACCUUCAGUCAACACACAAACCUUGUUAUUCAUCAGAGAACCCACUCAGGGGAGAGGCCCUAUGCAUGCAGUGAGUGUGGGAAAAAGUUCACUCACAGAUCAGGCCUUUCUCAGCAUCAGAGAAUCCACACAGGGGAGAGGCCCUAUGCAUGCAGUGAGUGUGGGAAAACCUUCAGUCAACACACAAACCUUGUUAGUCAUAAGAGAACCCACACAAGGGAGAGGCCCUAUGCAUGCAGUGAGUGUGGGAAAACCUUCAAUCGACGCUCAAACCUUGUUAGUCAUCAGAGAACCCAUACAGGGGAGAGGCCCUAUGAAUGCAGUGAGUGUGGGAAAACUUUCAAUGUACGCUCAAACCUUGUUAGUCAUCAGAGAAUCCACACAGGGGAGAGGCCCUAUGAAUGCAGUGAAUGUGGAAAAUACUUCACUAGCAGCUCAUCCCUUUCUGAACAUCAGAGAAUCCACAGAGAGGAGAGGCCCUAUGAAUGCAGUGAGUGUGGGAAAAACUUCACUUACAGAUCAGGCCUUGCUCAACAUCAGAGAAUCCACACAGGAGAGAGGCCCUAUGAAUGCAGUGAGUGUGGGAAAACCUUCAGUCAACGCUCAAACCUUGUUAGUCAUGAGCGAACCCACACAGGAGAGAGGCCCUAUGAAUGCAGUGAGUGUGGGGAAGGCUUCACUAACAGAGCAGCUCAUCUUAAUCAUCAGAGAAUCCACACAGAGGAGAGGCCCUAUGAAUGCACUGAGUGUGGGAAAACCUCCUCUUGCCACUCAGCCCAUGUUAGGCAUCAGAGAAUCUGCAAGGGAGAUCAACACCAUAAAAGCCUCUAGGUCUAUUAAGACUUCUUUUUUUCAUUAAUACUUUGGCUGAUUCUCACACAGUAACUCUUGAAGCUGUUUGAACUGUUUGCAGCACCGUUAUCCCUCAGCUUGUCCAGAUGAGUGGCCCAUUUUGGCCUUUUAUAGGUCGCCCUGUUUCAAGUUGGACCCAUUUGUCCUUUCUAUCAACUCCAUUGUCCCAUGAGUAAUUUGAGUGUGCCCUUCCUAUCGGGAACCAGGGAACAUCACAUUCAUACCAUUCCUCCUAUUGGAAAGUUAUUGUUAGAGUCACCAGUGAUACAGAUUUUAUCAUUACCAAUUGUUCUCACGUUGCUCUGGG